AUGCAGCAUCACCCCCACCACGCGCAGCAGGGUCCUCCACCUCCGCAUCAUCUCCAACAACCGCGACCCUCGAGCAUCGUACAUCAACAGCACCAACAGCACCAAGCACCUCCUCCUCAACCACAACACUCCAACCCAUACCCCCCAUCCCACGGUCUGCCCCAGUACACCCAGAGUGCGCCAGGCGCUGGAGGACAGCACACCCAGGAGCUUCCAACCUACUACGCUUCCCACCCGAGUCCAUACAGCACACCAAGCGCAUCAGGCACAUACUCAUCUGCAGCACCAGAAACUCCAGACAUCAUGGCGGCCGCGCAGAUGACGCGCCCGUAUCCCCCUAUCUACCAUACUCCACAGUCGAACUCUCCAGCCUCCGUUGCAUCUCCUUCCGCACACGACCAGCACAGAAUGUAUGGCGCGCCGGCCUCCCAAUUACAGCAGAACACUCAGAUGUACUACCCUGGCCCCCAGCAACAAUACCCCCCAAUGCCACCCCAGGGUGCUCCGUCAUAUGCUCCCCACCCGCAACAGCAGCAACACCACCAAUCUAUGACUUCGCAACCGAACCUGCUCAUGUCACAUCCCUCUGGUCAACACCAGAUGCAGCAACAUCCGGGUCAGCAGCAAGGUAUGACGGGUAGCCCCAGGACGAAGAUGGAACCGCAUGUUCCGCAAAUCUCCAGACCAUCAGCACCAUUGGGACCUCCACAACAUCCAGCCAAUGGUCCGCAGAUGAAUCAAAACAACGUUCCAGGGGCUAACGGCGGGGUCAACCCAAAUGCUGCUCCAGGUCCUAUUCCAGCAACAACCCCAUUGGUGGUUCGACAAGAUAACAACGGUGUUCAAUGGAUCGCAUUCGAAUAUUCACGCGACCGUGUCAAGAUGGAAUACACUAUCAGAUGCGAUGUUGAAUCAGUCAAUGUUGAUACUUUGAGUCCGGAAUUCAAGACUGAGAACUGCGUCUACCCCAGAGCUUGCUGCAGCAAGGAUCAAUACCGUGGAAAUCGAUUGGUCUACGAGACUGAGUGCAACACUGUUGGUUGGGCUCUAGCGGAGCUGAAUCCAUGCCUGCGUGGAAAGAGAGGUCUGAUUCAGAGAGCUGUUGAUAGUUGGCGCAAUAGCAACCAAGACCCAAGAUUGCGGAGCCGACGUGUUCGAAGAAUGGCCAAGAUCAACAACCGCAAAGCUGUUCAAGCGGCGACACACACCCCUCACAUGGCUGGCCCCAGUGGUCCAACAGGGAUGCCACCAUCUGGAAAUAUGGGCCCAGGCGGAGCGGGAAGCAUGGGUAAACCUAGCUUGGGUGGGAUGGGUGGUCCUCAACUCCAUCACCAUCACAACCACCCUGAUGGAAGUACUCAAGGAGGGGAUGAUGUCGGCGACGACGAGUACAUCGACGAACAACAUCACCACCACCACGCAGCUCCCGGCGCUCCAUCACAGAACCCCGAAGAUGAUGUCAGACAGUCGCACGUCUUCCCCGGAUACUCGGGCUCCUACCCACCCAAUCCCUCCGUAGGCGGCGCGUCCAUGGCCCCCAACAUGCACCCUUCUCACAACGCUUCUCACUCCUCGCACCCCAUCACCGCACGCUCACACUCCCACUCUCAUAGCAGGGACACUAGCUCGCUCAACGAUGAGGACCGUGCUAGCCUCUUUGGCGAUAUCCCCGAUGCGAAGAAGCGCAAGUUCAUCCUCGUCGACGAUCCAGGCAAGGGUGGGCGCGUCAGAGUCCGGGUCACGCUUGAUACGGUCGAUAUUAAAGAGAUCCCGGAUUCCUUUCGCAAGAGCAAUUCCGUGUACCCGCGCUCCUGGUUCCCGUUGCAGAUGCAGUCCCCUCCACCAUCCGCUCAUGGCUCGAGAUUUUUCGAGGGCGAUGAUGAGGAUGAUACUGUUGAGGUCGAUGCUGGAAGAGGACCGAGGGCCAGUGGCAAGAUGAUGGUUGCUGUUCCGCUUGCUGAUGGAGGCGAGGCGGAGGUUGGCGUCCCGCGGAUGAGGAAGAGUGUGAGGAGUAAGGAGGUUCGGUUGAAUGAUCUGGGUUACAGAAUGACCUGGCAUCAGAGUCGGGUUUUCGCGGACAAGACGGUGUUUCUGCAGAGGGCUUUGGACGCAUACCGCAACAAAGUCCGCAGUACCAUGGACAUGGUAGGCAAAGACCUCGAGGCCACGGCGCCGCACUUCGAGACCCGCGUCGGCAAGAGACGCUGGAAUGAGCGGACCAAGAGGGAGAGGGGUGGAGAGUCAUAG